AUGCACGACAUCCGGCAUGUCUUUGCUGCGUGUCUCGGGCCAGGGCCUCCGCUCGGAUCGAUCUACAACAAGGCGCCGUACUGGCGCCCGUUUAGCCACAUGAUGCAAGCCUUUCUGAAGCGCGGCGAGGUUCACGAGGCGGUCAAGUGGUUCUCCCAAGUAUCGACGGCGCCAUCGGCCAACGGGGCAUUGGCACCGGUGCAGAGUGCUGCGACUUGCUUGGAACACGAGCUCGAGAGCCUCCUCUUCCGCAUCUACGCUACGUUCAGCGUCGGCACGCUCGGCGUGCGCAUCGGGCCGUACGUUGACGGCAAGGGCGCGGUCGUCACCGGUCUCGACGAGAGUGGACCGCGCCAGAUCCGCGAACAAGAUGUGCUCGAAUCGGUGAACGGACGACUCGUGAGCACCGAACCGUUCAGUGUGGCGGCGCGGGUGUUGCAAGACGCGCCGCGGCCAGUGACGCUGACCUUCCUGCGGGGCUUGACCGCGCUCGACAAGAGCCAAGGAGAGCCCGUGCUGCGGCCACGGCGGUUUGUCAACGACAAGUUUGGCUGGCUCCACCGCGAGAACGUCCGUGUGACACUGCUCUCGGACUGCACCGACUGCGGCCACCGCCUCUCGCACGCCGAGCUCGAGCGGCAGCCCAACGUGGUGCGGUGCCCGACGUGCGGGAGCAGUCUCGCGCCGCAUUUCUGCGUCAUCCAGCACGAGAUCGCGUCCGAGCCGGUCGUGUUUCUGCCGUGGACGGCCAUGAAAGCGCGCCUGCAGUCGUUCCACGGCGCGUCGCUGGCGUCGUUGCUCGCUGUUGAUGCCGGCGUCUACUGGAACCUCUUUUUGAAGUGCCUCGUCUUGGACUGCGACCUUGACGCGCUCUUUCCGAUGGCAUCGACGCCCGAAGCAUACGACGAUCCAUCGACAAUGGUCGAGCCCAUGCCCAACAACGACGACGCCGACGUCGACGACCUCCGCGCCCUCUGCCGCUUUGUCCUGCACCAGUGCGAGGCGGACGCAGGACACUGCGCGAUGGCCACGCGCCUCUUGUCGGCACUCGAGAGCGACUUUGACGAGGGUCGUCGUGACAUGAGGAUCGAGGAGAAAUGCCUCCUCGACAACGACGACAACAAUGUACACACGCUCGGGCGGCAACCUGGUUUCUAG